AUGGUACUCAAGUAUAGCGUACGCUAUGACUGUCGGGACGAAGGCUCCGCUGCCCGAGGCACCUACUUGCGCUCACCAUGUUCAUUCUGUUUCAAACCUAAAUGUUCCCACACUGUGGCUGUCGAUUGUGGCAUUAGCGUCAGAAACCAUCGCUUCUGCACCUUCUUCAGGUUAGCGUAUGCUUCCUCAGUGUAUGAGACCUUUGAUGACAUCACCAUGGAACACACUGCGGGCCAGAUGUCUCAUCCCAAUCUGAUGCAGAACGACAGCAUGCUCACCAUCAACAUGACGUCCAUUAUGCCGCCCGUGGUGGACAAAGCCAUCAAAGGCAUUAUGGUGACGAUCUUAUUCAUCACGAUGGUCUCGCUGGGAUGCACUAUGGAAGUGUCCAAGAUUAAGGGUCACAUAUUAAAACCGAAGGGUGUGGUGAUAGCAUUGGUGGCCCAGUAUUGUGUCAUGCCUCUUACUGCCUUUGGCUUAGCUAAGGCCUUCCAGAUGGUUGAAAUAGUGGCUAUUGUGGUUCUCAUUUGUGGGUGCUGUCCUGGGGGGAACCUCUCCAACAUCAUGGCCCUGGCUGUGCAGGGGGACAUAAACCUCAGCAUUGUGAUGACUUCCUGUUCCACCGUGUUGGCUCUGGGCUUGAUGCCCCUGCUGCUCUUCAUCUACUGUCAGGGCUUCACCAGCUUGCAGAGAACCUUUCCUUAUGUCAACAUCACCAUGUCGCUCCUCCUGAUCCUCGUGCCCACCAUCAUUGGCAUCCUCAUCAAUUACUACAGGCCGCGUCACGCCAAGCUUGUCACAAAGGUGGGUCUCAUCAUAGUGUCACUUGCCGCAGUCGGGGUCAUCAUCCUGAGCGCCAUUGUGAUCGGCCGCAACAUCAUGAUGGUGAUGUCUCCUCCUCUUGUGGGAUCUGCCGCCCUCAUGCCCUUCAUAGGCUACGCCUUCGGCUACAUCAUUUCUAGCAUCUUCAGACUUAGUCAACCGGAGUGCAGGACUGUUGCUAUUGAAACAGGCUGUCAGAACACCCAGCUGUGCUCAACCAUUUUGAAGUUGGCCUUUCCGUCGGACGUGAUCGGCCCGUUGUUCCUCUUCCCACUCUUGUAUAUAGUUUUCCAGAUCAUUGAGGCCAUGGUGCUCAUGGUGCUGCUCCGGUGUCAUCAGAGGUUCAUGAGAAAAGAAAGAGAUGUGUACCAGCCUGCCACAACUGAUGAUGGACUGAAAACCUCUUGUGAAGGGACUGUAUGA